GAACAAAUAUCUGCAUACUUAUCAUAUAAACUUUGAACUUGACAAGUCCAACUCAUUCUCAUAAAAGAAUUUCUGAAAAUAUUACAUUUUAUUACAUACAACGUAAAACAUUUUAAGAUGGUGGGAUCUUGUACGCGAGACUCAAUGGAUUCUUCUUUCCUUAGGAAGUUGCGUAAACCGCUGAUAGAGAAGAAACGACGAGAUCGUAUGAAUGUCAGUAUAGAUAGCCUGAAAGCCUUGUUGGCAAAAUCUUCUAACAACCCUGCCUCUGUAGUAAAGAUGGACAAGGCGGAGAUUCUAGAGUUGGCCGUGACUCACCUAUCCCAGCUACACCAACGAACCAAGACCAAAUCUACUGAUCGCAUGACAGCUUACCGCGCGGGCUUCCGGGAAUGCCGGGAAGAGACUGUCCGUUACCUUAGCUCAGCUGCCAUGAUGCCAAAUCCUCUUCUUCUAGAUCUUGAUAACCAUCUACAUAACGCCUGUGAUACUUCCGGCCAAGAUGACGUCAUCAUGUCGUCUGCUGCAAGAAAGACCAGUUUUAUUUCUGAUCGUAGAUGCGCUAUUUCACCAACUUUGAAUUUACCACCAGCACCAGCGUUUAGUCCUUUUUGUAGAAGCAACAUGUUUUCUCCUAUUGCUUCUGCUGAGAUCCGAGGUCAUCGAGUGCAUUCACCCAUGGAUAGUUUAUAUUUUGGUCGAGCUGGUUCCCCGUUCAGUAUGCCGAGUCCAGCUCUAUCGACGUGCAGUUCCAUAGCCUCGGAUUCUAGUACUUCCGGAUUUUCUGAUAACGUUGUUGAUUCAACAUCAGACCUUGAAGGAAUCGCGCAUGCGCAAUCACUACAAACAAAAAGUGACCUAGUUCUUGAUAAUGUGAUUAAACAAGAGGCACCAUGGAGACCUUGGUAAGACAAUAUCACGUGCAGUGCAUGACUUUAAGUAAGUCAUUCUAAACCAAUGGUUUUGACUAGAAACUUCUGACAUUUUUUUUUUGGUGUUUAUGUUUUGCUAUGUGUUACUUUUGUCUGUUUGUUUGUGUUUUUUAUGAAGGAUGUUACAUUAUGUGCUAUGUUCUAAUUGUUA